GAAAUUUUUUAGGGGUUUAAGCGAAAAAGCCUUCCACUGAGUUCUUCAGGGGUUUAGGGUUUUGUGGUGACUGCAAAUUGAAUUAAAUAUCUCUUGUGUUAAUUUUAGACGGUAUCAAAAUUAGCAUCAAAACUAUUUAUCCGAUUAGUAUCAUCCCAAAGUUUUGGAGAAUUCAGCAGAGAUGCCUUCGAGACCCAAGAAGAAGCAUUCAAAUACAUCACCGGGACUGUCAAACUCCGGGCAGUCGGAAUUCAGCGAGGAAGAUGCACGGCUUUGUCUAGAAGAAGCCUCGAGCAGAUUCCCUUCCGUAAUUGGUCAAUCAGCGUUUAUUGGUCGAGUCACCGAUGUCGAGUCUGAUUCUAAAGCUUGUAAAGUUUGGAUUUCUGAGUCUUCUAUGGUUGCUCACUCACUUUCCCCUGGCUCUAUUGUAUCGCUUUCUCUUGCUGCAUCAGGGAGAAAAUAUACAAGCCCUCUUAGCUCAAUUUAUGGUGAAUGCUCAAGGAAGUUUGAGUUUGAGUGUCCUGAUGAAACAGACCAUGGAAUCGGGAACUAUUUUGCUUUUGCUGUUGUUCUCCCUUCUUGUAAGACUUCCAAGGAUGAGGUUCGGUUAUCUUCAAGCCUUUCUGAUUCAAUGGGAGGUCCUGCUUCAGGAAGGGUUAUUUUUAUUUACCCUUUACAAAAUCAGUUUCUAAGUGGUCUUACAAACGGCGACCUUAAUCCUGGUGGUCGAAAAAUUGACACACUUACAUUUCACAAGUGUUAUGAGCUGCACUUGGAGCUGGUUCUUAGUAAGAAUAGGGUACAACUGAUAAGUGAUUUGAUGUCAUCAAUGAAUUAUUCUGAAAAAAUGCACGGAGAAUCUGAUAAUGGGAAGAUAUCAUCUCCCAGGACGCCAAUGUGUCAACCAAAGCUAAGCAUUUCAUGUUCUAUUCUAUCAGGUCCAUCAAAAGGCAAAGAGGCAAUAUCUAAUUUAUCCAAUCAAAAUCAGACUCAUGUUGGUUCAUUUGAUAUCAAAGAGGUUUUAAAGGAUGAAAAUGUAAACCAACUUUUGCAGGCUUGUGUUACUUCGUGGUUGCAUUCUCGUAUUCUAUUAUGUGGAAAUAUUGUGGCUAUCCCUAUACUUUCGCAGCUUUGCAUUUUCCGUGUCAUAAGUGCUAAUGAAUUGCUGGGAGACAAACAUUUGACAAAAGAAAGAGGUAAUGGUGUUCUUCCUAAGUCCCCCGAACCAGUUGAGUAUUUAAAAAAUGCCUUUUCCAUAAAUCAUGAUACAAAAGUGUACUUACAUCCACCCAAGAAUUCAGCAAUUGAAACUCCCUACAAGAGCAGUAUGCCAUAUAUGCAAACUGAGAGGGAGCGUGUGGAAAAUAUUGUGGGAAAUGAGGUCAAAAUAUUGGGUGGCCUGGAUAAAGAAUACGAUGUUCUGAAGAAUCUAAUUAUGUCAACCAUGGAGAAUAAUGUGUCGAGUUAUGGUUUACGACCAGUAAAGGGAGUACUUCUUCAUGGCCCGCCUGGAACAGGGAAGACCUCUUUGGCUCGAUUAUGUGUACGUGAUGCUGGUGUCAGCCUUUUCUCUGUCAACGGACCUGAGAUAAUUAGUCAAUAUCAUGGAGAAAGUGAGCAGGCAAUCCAUGAAGUGUUUUCUUCAGCUAGUCGAGAUGCACCUGCUGUGGUGUUCAUUGAUGAGUUGGAUGCUAUAGCACCAGCUCGGAAAGAUGGAGGUGAAGAACUAUCUCACAGAAUGGUAGCUACAUUACUGAAUUUGAUGGAUGGAGUAUGUAGGAUUGAUGGGGUACUUAUAAUUGGUGCUACAAACAGACUUGAUAGCGUUGAUCCUGCAUUGAGACGGCCUGGAAGAUUUGACAGGGAAAUUGAAAUCGGUGUCCCGACACCAAAGCAACGAUUGGAGAUAUUGAAUGCACUUCUCAGUCGAAUGAAGCAUGAACUUUCAGAUUUGCAAGUCCAACAACUUGCUGUGGCUACACAUGGCUAUGUGGGUGCUGACUUAGCUGCUCUAUGCAAUGAGGCGGCAUUGAUUUGUCUCAGGCAGUAUGCUAAGUACAGAAAAUUUCAUAAUAAUUUGCAUUUUAUUGGAUCAUCUACAGUAUAUGAAACUCAUUUCGAAAGCAUGCAGAAAGGAUCUAGUUAUGCAUGUGAAGAUUCCGCAUCUUCAAUUCCCCAAGCUUUGCCCGCUUCCUUGGAGAAUAGCAUUACUACUAGUGAGACAAUUAAAGUAGGUGGAGGAAAUAUGUUGAGUUUCGGAUUUGAAGAUUUUGAGAAGGCAAGAAUGAAAGUGAGGCCUAGUGCCAUGCGGGAGGUAAUGCUCGAGGUUCCAAAUGUUAAUUGGGAAGAUGUAGGUGGCCAAAAGGAGGUAAAAGCUCAAUUGAUAGAAGCAGUGGAAUGGCCUCAACAACAUCAAGAUGCAUUCCAACGGCUUGGUAUAUGUCCUCCAACAGGAAUAUUGAUGUUUGGUCCUCCUGGUUGCAGCAAAACUCUCAUGGCACGUGCUGUAGCUUCUGAAGCUGGAUUAAAUUUCUUUGCAGUGAAAGGGCCAGAACUUUUUAGCAAAUGGGUUGGUGAAUCAGAGAAGGCUGUGAGAUCUUUGUUUGCAAAGGCCAAUGCCAAUGCACCGUCAAUCAUUUUUUUUGAUGAAAUUGAUGGUCUUGCUGUUACUCGUGGGAAGGAAGGUGAUGGGGUUUCAGUUUCUGAUAGGGUUAUGUCUCAACUUCUUGUUGAAUUGGAUGGUUUGCAUGAAAGGGUUAAUGUUACUGUUAUUGCUGCCACGAAUCGCCCUGACAAGAUUGAUCCUGCCAUUUUGAGACCAGGCCGAUUUGAUCGUCUUCUAUAUGUUGGACCUCCAAAUAUAACUGAUAGGGAAGACAUAUUUCGCAUCCAUUUGCGUAAAAUUCCUUGCAGUUCUGAUGUUUGCAUAGAAGAGCUAGCUCAUCUUACUGAGGGAUGUACUGGAGCAGAUAUAUCAUCCAUUUGUCGGGAAGCAGCAAUUGUAGCCAUUACGGAGAGCACUGAUGCUUCAGAAGUAACAAUGCAACAUUUAAAAACUGCAAUCACGCAAGCCCAACCAUCAGAUUCAGAGUCUUAUCACGAGCUGUAUGCACAAUUUCAAAGGGUUGUUCCCUCUAAUCAAAGACAGGUUCAGUUAGAAGAAAACUCAAAGAGCUCAAGCAGCUUAAACAAGUUCUGCUUCUGGUUUCUUUUAAACGCUGCAGCAAUUUGCUUUGCAGCGCAAGCUGUGAGCACAUACUUUUUUGACGAGUGAGAUCAAGAAUUAUCGCACGAUAAAGGCAAAUUCAAGUAUAAGAUAGGACAAGGAAUAGGUGAAGAAAUAGAAAAUAUUAUGUAUAUUGCCAUCAAACUCUAAUUUUGUUUUUUCAUAAGUUGGUAAGACGGUUAUGGGUCUCAUGUGGGUUUCUUUCUGCCCAUUUUCCAUUUUUGUUCCUAUUAAUCAAUGCAAUCAAUGCAAUAGUAAUGCUAUUUUAUAA